AUGUCAAAAUCCAUCCAUCCAAUCCAUUUUCAUUUACUCAGUUUCUAAAUAAAAACAACUGUUUAGCAAAUAUCUCAACCAAGAUUUCAAGUGUUUUUCUCUUAAUGCAUAGGUUCUACAAAUAACUAGUUUCGUCGUGCCUAUUUAAUACAUUUUGGCUUUCCUUCGCACAAUUCGCAAGGUUAACUUCUCCGUAAAUGGAAUGGAACUUUAAAAACUACAACUAAUCAUGGACAUAAUCAGAAGAUCAUGGAAACUACAGGAAUUCGUCGCCCACAAGGCGAAUGUCAACUGUUUGGCCAUGGGACACAAAUCCAAUCAAGUGCUAGCCACUGGAGGCGAUGACAAAAAAGUUAAUCUGUGGGCCAUUGGCAGGCAAAGCUGUUUGAUGAGUUUGAGUGGUCACACAACGCCAGUAGAAUGUGUGUGUUUUGGCCACUCUGAAGAUUUAGUCUGUGCUGGCUCACAGACUGGAGCUUUGAAAAUAUGGGACUUGGAGGCAGCAAAACUACUCAGAACAUUUACUGGACACAAAGGAGCUAUCAAGUGUAUGGAUUUCCAUCCAUACGGGGAUUAUCUAACUACAGGCUCUUGUGACAAUAAUAUCAAACUGUGGGACACAAGGAAGAGAGGCUGUAUUGUGACAUAUUCCAGUCACAGACUUGCUGUAAACAGUUUGCAGUUUAGCCCAGAUGGACAAUGGAUUGCCUCGGCGUGUGAAGAUGGUAUUGUCAAAGUGUGGGAUGUAAGAGUGGGCAAGGUUCUGCAGGAGUUUAGAGAGCACACAGCAGCGGUGACUUGUGUAAAGUUCCAUCCCCACGAGUUCCUCCUGGCUAGCUGCGGUAUAGACAGGACUGUCAACUUCUGGGACAUGGAGAAAUUUCAACUGGUAUCUAAGUUUGAAAAGGAGAACACUUCUAUUAGGUCUAUGGUGUUCAGCGAGGAUGGCACAACUCUUCUGGGGUGUGGUAAUGACGGUCUGCAUGUGAUUGGCUGGGAGCCCGCUCGAGUAUUUGACACUGUACAUGGCCACUGGGGCCAAAUACAUGACAUCACAGUUGCCCAUACACAACUUAUUGCUGGGUCAUUCCAUUCAACAUAUGUGUGUUUGUCAGUGGUUGAUCUCAGUAAGGUUCAUCCAUUUGGAGGGCCGCCACCUGUGACAGCACCUGUGGUACGAGAUUUGUCGCCCUUCCAAAAAGGACAGUCUGUUAGGAAAAGUUUCUCAAAGGAAAAACCAUCUAAAGAAGUGAUCCAUAAGUCAACGCCCCUGGAUGAGAAGACCGCGGAGGAGUCCACGUCCGGCACGGAGGCGGACGAGGACGGCGCGGUCAUAUCCAACAUCCAUGACUACACAGAAAUCUUUCGGCCUUCCAGGGCAUUGAAUCGUACGCCACCACCAGCAACCAGUUUAUCCUCUGAGGACUAUUCAUUGCCAGCCGAGGAGGUCAUGGGUAAGGUCAGCGCGGGUCUGGGCACGUCGCUGCGGGACCUGCUGCUGGACGAGCCGCCGCGCCCCGCGCCGCUGCCGUCGCCGCCGCAGCGCCACCGCGCCGACUACUCGCGCAUACCCACCUCCACUACCGGCAAAGCGGAGCCCUACUCGAGGUCGGUGGAGAACAACGCUAAAGAAGAUAACACAUUCACAGCGCCGCCAAAGCCUGCUUCCCGGGACUAUGUCAUGCCUCAGCCUCACGCCGCCAACUCGCUUAACCGACAUAACUCAUGUAAAGAAUCUAAAUCUACUGACUUGACAGCAGGGAACCUGUUAAGAUCGAGCAAUAGUGAAAUGUCAUUAGUUCAACCGUCACUAGGACCACGGUCUCUUUCGUUUACCAGGACAUCUUCAGAAACAACAAGGCGACGAGUAGAUAAUAUAGUGAGGGAGACGGUGGUCGUGUCUCGGCCUACAGAUACUGAUGAGCCGGAGUUCGUGCCCUGCGCCACAGACAGGCCCGUCGGGUUGGACCUCGACGAAUUUUUACCGAGGGCGCUAGCGGUGGGUGGCGCGCGGCGCGGCGUGCGCGGCGGGCCCGAGCCCAGCGAGCAGGAGGUGCUGGGCGUCAUGAUGCGCGGACACGACUCCAUGAUGGCCGUGCUCAGCGCCAGGCAGCGGGCGCUGCAGAUAUUCCAUUCAGUUCGAGUCAAUAAAAAUUUGAAAAUUGCCUUAGAAUCAGUAAUCGCUCUGGAGGAUACAUCAGUAAUUUUAGACAUUUUGAACGUCAUGGCGCAUAAACCGUCACUCUGGAAUUUAGACAUUUGCCUUUUAAUGCUUCCAAAAAUAUACGAAUUAUUGCAGAGCAAAUAUGAGUCGUACAUGCAUUGCGGCUGCAACGCCCUCCGGCUGAUCGUGCGCAACUUCUCGUCCGUGGUGCGCGCCAACGUGUCGGCGCCGGUGCGCACGCUGGGCGUGGACAUCCCGCGCGAGGAGCGCUACGCCAAGUGCGCGCAGAUCCACCGCCUGCUGCUCGACGUGCGCGCCUUCCUGCUCAAGCGGCAGACGCUGCAGGGCCGGCUCGGCGCCGCCUUCCGCGACCUCCACACGCUCAUGCAGCAGGGGCUCGACUGACCGUCGCGAUCGCGGCUCGGUUAUAUCACAUACCAUAGACGAGAGCUAUAGUACACCUAUGCCUAUGGACAUAAUAGUGUAUACAAACGGCUGCACCGGAUCGAUACCUUGGCGCACGUUCGGUCGUGUGUAAGGUGGUCCACCGUACGUCCGUCAAGGACGCAGUUAUAAGUGAGAGCAAAAAAAAGAUAUUUUGACCGCACCAAGGUCGAGGUCCGGUACGCCCGUCUGUGAUGGCUUUAACACGGAACCUAACUUUACUAUACUUCUUAAAUCUAUACAUACGAUGCAUUUUUAAGUGACCUUUUAAUUAAGUAUUAAAUUGCUGUGUUUUGUGUAUCUUUCCAAGCGACUAAACAUUUUUUACGAUACUGCCUCUUUGGUUUCCUGACUGGCAAAUAGACUUAAAUAUAUAAGAUUUUAGUUUUUAUCUAAGAAACCUAUGAAUAUGUAUAAUUUUAUAGAGAAUUCCUCAUACCUUCAUGGAAAUUAAUGAGUAUUAAAUUUGUCAUCAAAGGAAUUUAAAUUAAAACGGGCGUAAUUCCAUAUUUGUCAUUUUAAGGUGGCCACUGACGAGCCUUCCAAGUCUAAAUAGCGUGGCUGCAAUCCAAAAUCGGUCCGUGAAUGUCAAAAACGUACAAUGUUUAAUAUUAGGAUGCCGUCCAUUUGGAUGAAUCCAUUGUAACGGCAUCCAUAUGGAAGGCUCAUGAGUGGCCUGCUUUAGUUUUAGUCUAACUCCAAUUGCUUCUUAAAUUCCGUCCUUUAGUUACAACGCCCCAUUAGUAUUAAGUAGUAGGUAUUUAGUAUGAUUUUAUAAUUUAACAAAUUGAACUUUAUCUAUGUCAUCAUGAGACUAAUUAUAUUUUAUAAAAUAUCUAUAUUCAAUAGCGCAAUCAUUUUCAGUGCUGGUUACUAUUAAUCCCCUAUCACUAUUUAUUAUUUAGUGGGAUGUUUUCAAAACUAACUCCAUUAUGAUUAUAACAUGUAACAUAUUAACUAUGGCCAUGACAAAAAAAUCUCCUAAAGUUGUGGGGUCCUUGGUAACUUUAGGUACAUACUUCUCAGGCCAAACAGGCUUCUCAGGCCUGAAUUUUUUAGGUUAGGUACCUUUAUUAUUAUCUUGUCACCUAAAUUUAAAAUAAACCUUUAUCUGAUAGAUUUAUUUCGAUUUAUCUCAGUGAUUUUGAUGCAAAUGCAACCAUAUCAGGUUCGAGCUUAUUAGGGAUUGGAGCCCAGUCCACUUUGAGAAUGGUCUAAAGGAUUAAUCAAUAGAUUUCUAACGAAAAGUAAGCCAUCUUUUGGACCAAAAAUAAUUGUCCGGGUUCAAUAUGAGUGACAUACAGUGGUUUUAUACUAUUCAUGAACCAAUUUCGAUUUUUUUCUGGACUGGUUUGGUUUACAUCAGUGCUAAGUUUACAUUAGAGCCUAGCACCAACUAGGGGUUCCAUGGGUUUAUACUGUUGGUUUUAGGCGUCUAGGUCCUUUGCUGACAUGAAAAACGAUACAGUCAACUGGCAUGACAGAAUGUUUGUUGAAAAAGCUUUUACAUCCAUGUCCAAUUUAGUAGAUGCAAUAGUUUAUCAUCUAUGUACUAUGUAUGUGGAGUAGUUGUACAGAGAAUUACACAGGCAUGUUUUAUUUUAAGUAAUUAGACAACAAAUUAUAAUUGAAUAGACUGAAUAAUCAUGUAAAAAUUAAACAAAAUAAUUAUUUAACUUCCAAGAAUAAAUCAACUGAAAUAAAUACCAUUUUCAAUA